AUGUGCAACAUGAUCGAGGUGUCGGAAACAUCGAACGACGCUAGUCACAAGGAGGACGAGGAUGACGCGUCGUUACCGAUCAGCUUCGGCAGUGUGCGGCAUUUGGGCAAAAUCGAAGGCAUCAACUGCACGACGCAGAGUUGGCGCGUGAAAGAACGCAUGAAAACGGUAAGCGUGGCGCUCGUGCUGUGCCUGAACGUUGGUGUCGAUCCUCCCGAUGUGGUCAAGAUCCAUCCGUGCGCCCGGAUGGAAUGCUGGAUCAACCCGUCGUCCGUGUCUCCCGGCAAAGCGCUGGAGCUGAUCAGCUACGCGCUCCAGAAGCAGUACGAACGGUGGCAGCCGCGAGCCCGUUACCGCCAUUCGCUCGACCCGACGGCGGAGGACGUGAAGAAGCUGUGCACCUCGCUGCGUCGCAACGCCAAGGAGGAACGGGUGCUGUUCCACUACAACGGUCACGGUGUUCCGCGGCCGACGUCAAAUGGCGAAAUUUGGGUGUUCAACCGUACCUACACCCAGUACAUCCCGCUCUCGAUCUACGAUCUGCAGAUGUGGAUGGGAGCACCGUCGAUCUACGUGUACGACUGCUCGAACGCCGGCAUCAUCGUGAACAGCUUCAACACGUUCGCGGAACAGCACGAAAGUGAGUUGGAGCAGAUGCGGAACCGCAGCGGAAGCACCGCCAGUCACACCGAUCAGCAGCAGCAAGCGCAGCAGGCGCAGCACGACGGUAGCGGUGGCAGCCGCAGUUCUCCCCUGCCAGCGGGCGGUGCGCCGCCUACUACGACCUACCGCAAUUGCAUUCAGCUGGCGGCGUGUGCGGCCGAUCAGUUGCUGCCGAUGAACCCGAGCCUGCCGGCCGAUCUGUUCACGUCCUGUCUCACGACCCCGAUCAAGAUGGCGCUAAAGUGGUUCACGCUGCAGUCCACCUCGAAGCUGGUGCCGUACGUGGACGAGGAUAUGAUCGACAAGAUCCCGGGCCAGCUGAACGAUCGGCGCACGAUGCUGGGCGAACUGAACUGGAUCUUUACCGCGAUCACGGAUACGAUCGCGUGGAACACGCUGCGACCCGAACUGUUUCAGAAACUGUUCCGCCAGGACCUGCUAGUGGCCAGUUUGUUUCGCAAUUUCCUCCUCGCCGAGCGCAUUCUGCGGGCGUACGAUUGCACGCCGAUCUCGAGUCCGGCCCUGCCGCCCAGCUACCGGCACCCGAUGUGGUCCGCCUGGGAUCUGGCGCUCGACCUGGCGCUCAUCCAGCUGCCGGACAUCUUGGAGAAGGGCAAACCGUUCCAACACUCGCCGUUCUUCGAAGAGCAGCUGACGGCGUUUCAGGUGUGGCUCGAGGGUAGCACCGAGCAGCGCAGCCCACCGGAGCAGCUGCCGAUCGUGCUGCAGGUGCUGCUGUCGCAGGUUCACCGUUUGCGUGCCUUGGAACUGCUCGGCCACUUUCUCGACCUCGGUCCGUGGGCCGUCAAUCUGGCGCUGAGCGUCGGUAUCUUCCCGUAUGUGCUGAAGCUGCUGCAGAGCUCGGCUCCCGAGCUGCGCCCCUUCCUGGUGUUCAUUUGGGCGAAAAUUCUCGCCGUCGACGGCACGUGCCAGAUCGAUCUGGUGCGCGACGGAGGCCAUCGGUACUUUUUGCUCGCCCUGCAAGACACCAACCCGGCCGCGCAAUGCUUCAAGGGGAACCAUCGAACGUACGCGGCGUUCGUGCUCGCCUGCAUCGUGCACCGGUUCCCGAACGGGCAGUCGAGUGCCCUCCAGAGUCAGCUCGUCUCGAUCUGUCUCGAUCAGCUCAACGACGCCGGUAACCCGCUGCUCCGUCAGUGGCUCGCCAUCUGCUUGGGGCACCUCUGGCAGCACUACGAGCAGGCGCGGUGGUCCGGCGUACGGGACAAUGCGAACGAGAAGCUGUACCAGCUGCUGAGUGAUCCUCACCCGGAAGUGAGAGCAGCCGCGGUCUACGCCCUCGGUACGUUCAUCAGCUCGGUGACGCAACGAUCGGAUCACGCAAACAACAUCGAUCGCGCCACGGCCAUGCAUCUGUUCGCGACCGUCAGCAACGACAUGAGCCCGCUCGUGCGCAUGGAACUGAUCGCGGCCCUCCAGUGGAUGGUGCUGUUCUUCGAGACGCAGUUUGUGGGCACCUUCAUGCAGGUCGACAGCCCGGAGCGCAGUUGCAACCCGAUGAAGCGCGUUUCGAGUACGAACAACAUUCUCGGCGUGGGCAAGUCGUCCGUAACGGUGGGUUUCUAUCAGCGGCUCUGGAAUGGGUUCAUGGCGCUCUCGAGGGACCCGUUCCCGGAGGUGGCCUUCAUGGCGCAGAAGAUCGUCGAUUACGUGCGCUCCGGGACGGCCAAGGAGGUGACGGUGUGCGAGAAAAGUGGCAACGUCCACCACUACGGCGGAUCAGCCGCCAGCGUCAGUUUGCCACCGUCUCCCAACACGCGCGUAAACUACCUGUCGGGAGAAUCGCCACCGGCGCACCACGACAACGGAAUCCAUCGGCUGGGGGGUCACCACACGCCACUGUCGAUGAAGAAGCGCGUGGUCCAGACGCUGAACGAAAGCGGCGAUUUCUUGGAGGGCCAGCAAGACAAGCAGCAGGCGACAUUGGGGUCGUCUCCGGCGAUAGCGGGACAGAAGCUGGCCGCCGGAGCCGGAAGCAAGCUUCUCGAGUGGUCUACUAGUCAGCAGCAACAGCAACCGCCAUCCUCGGCCAACGUCUCGCUGACGUCCUCAGCGUCGGCGACUUCGCUGAAGCCGAUCGUUAGCACCAAGUUCAUCGAGUGGUCAGUGAGCUUCUUUGCCCAGCCCUCGAAGCAUAUGCACGACACAAUGGAAGGUGGCGGAGGUGGUAGUGGUGGAGCCGAUGGCGGUAUCACCGGUGGCCGGAACGCGGUGGACCACAACUCGUCGGAAUACCUGAACCGCCAGGCACGCUGCCUGCGCAAUCAGGCCGUGCGGGCCGAAGGAAGCGUCCAGCGGAGGAAGGCCAUCUUUAAGCGGCUCGAUGUACAGCACUGGUCCUGCCGCACACAGCACUCACCGACCAUUAUCAAGCUGAAUCCCUACGACGAGCAACUGGCGUUCGCCUACAAAGAUCGCGUUAUAGUGGUGAAUAUGAACACAGACACGACGUACACUCUGGCACCGGCAAAACAACCGGGCUACGCGGGCAGCGGCGGCACCGGCACCAACACUAGCAGCACCGGCAACAUUAGCAACCAACAGCAAUCGCAUCAACUGUUCCCUACGCUACAGCAGCACGGCUCGACCCACCGCUUGAUCGGUCCGUCGAUCAGCCAAUCGAUCAGUUUUCUCGACCAGCACCAUCUGCCGCAUCAACCGCAGUCGUUACAGCACCAGUUACGGUCUUCGCACGAAACGUUCCCGUACUCGGCUGCCGCCAGCCAACCGCUCAGCGUCACGUCACUGGAGUUCAUCAACGCGCACGACGUGGGCCUCGUGAUGGCGGGCUACAGUGACAGCACCAUCCGGCUGUGGCGUGCGGAGGAAGCCGGCGGCGAUAAUCAGCACCAGCAUCAGCACCAGCUGCUUUCGGCCUGGCACGGCCUCUUGGACUUUAACACGGCGAGCCUGGCCAAGGUGAGCUGCCUCGAUACGACAAACCAGGGCUCGCACCCCAGCGGGGGCACCGUGGCACCGGGUGGCCUGGUGCUCGCGUGGCACCAACGUUCCCAGACGAUAGUGGCCGCCGGUGAAGCGAAGUACGUUCGGUUGUGGGAUGCCGAGCGGGAGAUGCGAAUCUGUGAUAUGCCGAGCGGUUCCGAUACGUCCAUCCGGAAGCUGUCGUGUGCACCGAACGGCCUGUUCGCAGCCGGCUUCUACGACGGCAGUGUGCGCAUCUUUGACCGCCGGUGCCCACCGUCCGACCAGCGGUGCGCUACCAUACGGGAACAUCUGCACCCGAUACUGACGCUGUGCAUGCGCGACGACUGCGAGAGCCUCGUGGCGGCCUGCGUAGGCUCGAUCGUGCGGUUGUACGAUCUGCGCAAGAGCUCGGCGUCCCACCAGCACUGGAGCGCCGGGACGGACGUGUCGGCGAUGGCCAUACACUCCAGCGCCGACAUUCUGGCCUGCGCCACCAACCAGAUCACCAUCUACGGGCUCGACGGGACCGUACUGAGUGCGGGCCGAAGCAGCGAUGGGUUUAUGGCCACGCGCAAGGGCGUCGCGUCGUGCCUGUCGUUCCACAAACACAAACUCAACCUGGCCGCCGGCUACAACGACAAUACGGCGGCCGUGCUAGUGCCGGACCGGAAGUGAAACCAUCGGAGCUAGGUUAUCGGAGCUUUAAUGUGCGCGAAGGAGAGUCACUGCGCACGUUCGCCACGCAAACGCUAACAUGGUUACAAACCAACCUAGAGCCCGAGUGUGAAGAACGGUCCAGGCGGUCCGGGUCAGCAACGAGAUCCUGGUCACAACCACAGCCGGCCUUACGCUGAAAUGGCUAAAAUUGCGCGGCUUACUAAAUACUAAUUGCCAUUGUUGAAGGGUGUACGGUGCCCCAUACGCUUGCUGCUAUCGUGUCGGCUAGGCCACACACACAAACACACACACACACACACACACACACAGAGACACUUUUAGAACCCGCUCGUGAAAUAGUUUUUAGAACGUCGUGUACAGCAAAAUGUCGCUUAAAAAGCAAACAAAGGAUAAAAAAUUAACGAUGAUCAUCAUUAAGAUAGUGAAAAAAAAAACCCAAAUCGAUGCUAUAUACAAUCGUCUCCCCGCGUACGAUCGGCUCGUUCCGUGGCUGAGCGGAACCCGGGGUCGCUUCCGGGAGCGGAUCGAAACGUUUGUCCGCCGACAGAGUUCUUUUUCCGCCAAAAGAUACGACACGGCGUUUCUGGUUGUCUGGCUGUUAGUACUUCCACCAUUUACCUCUUAGUUGCAGCGCAUUCUGUUAGUUUUUAUCAAGCAUGCCCGGAUCAGUGUAGUCUUUUUUUUUUGUUUUAUACUUUCUUUCCGCUACGUUCGGCAUAACGUUUUAUUUUACGCGCAGAAAGUGCUGUGGGAAACAUUGGGCAGGAAUAUUGUUUUAAGUCUAUUUUACAACCAUUGUUUACUGUCACGCACAGUGCUGUUUUAUUUUCUGUACCUAAAGUUUACCGGAAUGAAUUACACGCUAAACUGUAAAUAAAAACACACAUUGUAGGUAA